AAUGCCAGUAUUCGACGAACAGCCAAUCAUAGCACUCUAUACUUUGCCUGAUCUCAGGGUCUCAAUCAAAAUAUUGGAAACAAUAACCGCCUCCAAUCAGAGAGCUUGUUUCAUCUGCUGCUCGUCCUGUUUCACCGCAGUGUAGCUCUUGCUGUAAGUAACUCUUCCUGUUGUAUCAGUGUACAUUUCUUGCAGUCGGCAGCCGGCACUUGGCUGCCCUGUUGAAGGGGAUUUGCAGAGGACACUCUCUUGCCGUGCUGAAAGGCAAGCUUCUUUCUUCUUAGAUAUAUUUGCAUUCCUGCAGAGUACCGAACCUGGGAGAGGUUGCCUAAAUCUUAUCCUGCCUCCCAGCCAGCACCGCACCCCCCUCCCUCACCGACCCCAACCAGAGGAAGAUUUGACAGGGCCGGCCAACCGUUGUGAAGGUGGUCUUUUCUGCUACUGGGCUGCGGGAUUUCGUCCCCUACAGCAGGGUUUUAGCACCUUCCUCAGAAACUGUAACAACAACAAAAACUGCACUGACAAGCAGAAACAACUCCUGGCUCAAAACAGCAACUCCACAACUCCUGCCCAACACGCAAGAUCGAGCAGCCAAAUACACAAACCAGAACGCUGCAGGCAAAUUGUCCAGCAGUUUGCACGCCGCUUGGAAAUAGUUUGUUGACAGUAGAGGGAUCAAAAAUCCCGAAGGAAGAUAGUUAUGGAUUCCAACAACACAGGUGGAGUGAUCACGUACAUUGGACCCAACAGUACCUCUUCAAGUCCAGUACUGUUGUACAGUGAUAAUUCCAAUAGCAGUUUCCAAUCUGUGUCUCAGUCAUGUUCCCCGUUGCCGCCAUCACCUAACAGCUCUGCCUCCCAGGAUGGCAAACACUACAAGAGUAACUCUUCAGGAUCUGGAGAGGAUUGUCCAACCAUUGGGCCCUUCAGCAACCUGAAGCUUUCCACAGAUGAUGGGAACACCAUUUCCACCACUAAAAACAGUUCUGGCAUUACCAAAAUCAGUGGAAUGAUUCUGCUGUGUAAAGUGUGUGGAGAUGUAGCCUCUGGUUUCCACUAUGGUGUGCACGCUUGUGAAGGGUGUAAGGGGUUCUUCAGGAGAAGCAUUCAGCAGAACAUCCAGUACAAGAAGUGCCUCAAGAAUGAGAACUGCACUAUCAUGCGAAUCAACAGGAACCGUUGUCAGCAGUGCCGCUUUAAGAAGUGUCUUGCUGUUGGCAUGUCCAGGGAUGCUGUGCGUUUUGGGCGCAUUCCCAAGAGGGAGAAGCAGCGGAUGCUGGCGGAAAUGCAGAGCGCCAUGAAUAAUAUGGUGAACAACCAGCUGAAUGGAGAGCUACACAGUGAUAUCCAGCCCCAGCAGCAAAACUGGCAACACCAGCCUCCACUGGCAGCUCCUGCCCACCCACCCCAGCAGGAGCGGUCAUCCCCCAGUCUCCAUCCCCAGCAGCAACACAGCCCACAGCAGUUAUACUGUCCCAGCACCGAAACCUCGAUGGAAGACGUCAUUUAUUCUAUUUCCAGAGCACAUAAGGAGACCUUCACUUACGCCCAUGACAAAUUAAAGCAAACGACCAAUGCCUGCCGACACAACGGCGAGCUGAUGAACCACAAUGCCAAUUGCUGCCGCAAUGGGUACCACGUCAAUGGAAUGAAUACCAUCUACCACCAGGAGAACAACAUUUUCCAUAAAACCAACAACAGUGGACUAAAGAAGAUGUGCUACCCAUCUUCUUUCUCAAAUGGCCACACUAAUGGGCACAUUAGUGGACACUACCAAAACCAGACCAAUGGAAACAAAUUACACACUAAAAACUCGUAUUGUGCCAACGGCGAGAUGGAGACUGGCAACGGGAGGACCUGCCCAUGGAAAGGAGCAAACAAUGUUAUCCUGGCCUGCCCAAUGAACAUUCGGCCACAUCUAGAUGGCAGUCGGUCUGUGCAACAGAUCUGGGAGGACUUUUCCUUGAGCUUCACACCAGCUGUCAAAGAAGUGGUCGAGUUUGCAAAGCUCAUCCCUGGUUUCAAGGACCUAUCCCAGCACGACCAGGUCAUUCUGCUGAAAGCUGGCACCUUUGAGGUCCUGAUGGUGAGGUUUGCCUCACUGUUUAACAUGAAGGAACAGACCGUCACUUUUAUCAGUGGAACCACCUACUCCAUUGAGGAGCUGCGGGGCAUGAGGAUGGGAGAUCUGCUCAACUCCAUGUUUGACUUCAGCGAGAAGCUGAGCUCCUUGCACCUCAGUGAGGAAGAGCUGGGUCUGUUCACUGCCGUUGUGCUGGUCUCUGCAGAUCGUUCUGGAAUUGAAAACGUCAACUCAGUGGAACAGCUUCAGGAGACACUAAUCCGAGUCCUGAGGGCGCUAAUAAUGAAGAACUAUCCCAACGAGGCAUCACGCUUCACCAAACUCCUCCUCAAACUCCCCGACCUCCGCACUUUGAACAACAUGCACUCGGAGAAAUUGUUGGCCUUUCGGAUAGAUCCUUGAAUCUCCUGCCGAGUCACAGCCGCACCAGACUUGUCUCUGUGAAAUUUUUAGAGCAAUUUUUUAAUUUAUAUUUCAAUGAACGUUUGGGUGAAAGAUUGCAUCUUGUAAAAAUGUGUAUAUUUCAGCUGUCAAUGGAGUGUAAUAUAUUCUUAUAAGGAAUGUUCUACAAAUUAAUAGAUUUAACUGUCCUCUGGGGCUUAGGAUAUGUCUGCAAAAUGAGCUUGUUGGUAGAACUCGCCAUGAGGUUAUCUGCUUGCUGUUUUGGAGUGCCGUCUAAAAGGCAAUUAAAGAGCUGUGUAACCUGAGCAGUGAGCAGGCAAUGAUCUGCAGUGCCCUCUGUUCUGUUGCCUUUCUCAAUGUCCUCCUUGACUAACUACGUGUCUGCGUUUCAGUGUCUGAACCACACCAAAUUCCAGUCUUGUCCUCUCGUCGAACACGGUCAUCCUGUUUAGCAACUGAAGCAGAAUAGUUGAGACUGCUUCUCAAAGCUUUGGCUGCUCUCUGGUGGAAGGUGAAAGGUGAGGAGUUGACUUCCAGCCUGAGCGUGUGAUGUUCAUCACUUUCAGCUUCAGCAGCUGAAGCCCGUCUCACCUGUUGCAUUUCGUUCCCUUGUUGAGCAGAAGUGAUGUUUCACCUUGUGACAGUCUCCAUGGCAUAGAUUGGAACUUCAAACUGCUCCAGACAUUGUACAACAAACAACAAAGUGGAUCAAACUCAAGGCAUGGUGUGCGUCCCUUGAAACUUGCAUUGAAAUGAUGGGAGUUGUCCGAGAGGAGGUUGCUGCAUGUUUUGUGGUUUGCUUGUACUUGAGACCUCUGUUGAAGAUUCAACAAAUCAACUGUCUCCCUCCCCUCUCCCUAUCCUUGCCGCACACCUGUGAACUCAAGAGGGGAGAAGACCCUACACCCCACCCCGGUCUCCUGUAUCAAUUGGUGCACUGACCGAGGUGCCUGCAUUAACUCUGGGCUAGGGAAACUGUUGGAGGAACUGAGCAGUUUAGGGAGAAGAACAACCAGCAGUUUCUAUCUGUGUUGGAAAAUAGAUGUUGUGUUUUGGGGAUGGUUUGUAUACUUUGAUAAUUUUAAGAGCUGAAGUGGUUGAUGGAAAGAAGAGGAGACGCUAUUGAGGUUUUCCAUCAUGUACUCAUCUGGACAGAUGCAAGAAUGCCAAAUUUUAAAGGAAACAACAAUUUAUGCUGCAUGAGAAGAGAGCCCUGAUUGGCUGGCGAGUCGAUUCUGAUUGGUCGUGGUGUUGCCAAGAAGAGAAUGCCAUGAGAAAACUCAGUCAGUUCUGUAUAGUUCUGAGGAAGGGUCACUGGACUUGAAACAUUUAACUCUGCCUUCUCUCCACAGAUGCUGCCAUGACCUGCUGCAAUUUUCCAGCAAUUUCUGAUUUUGUUUCUGCAUCCUCCGUUCUUUGGUUUUUCUUCCCACUAAGACGACUGUUGUCCCUUACCCUUUUGUUGAAUUGAUAAAAUUGGUCCCACAGGCUGACAUCUGUAUGUGCCUUCAGUUUUGUUAUCCAAAUGUAAUGAUCAAUUUUGUUAACAGCCUGCUCAUAGGCCUUUGCAUUUGUGUCUCUGGCCCUCCUUGAAACAGUGCCGUCAGAUCGCUCACAUCCACCCGAACAAACAGGUGAGGCCUUGCUUUAGUGAGGCAUUGCACCUCCAACAUCGCAGGACUCCCUGAGCACUGCACUGGAGUAUCAGCUUUCCUUUUUAUUUCCGUCAAGCCCUGGAUUGGGACUUGAGCGCAGGACCAUUUGGCUCAGAUGUAAGUUCUAUGAACUGAGCCAAGCCUGACAUUGGACAUGUUCUUUCCCUCCUUUGAAGUUUGGCGUUCUUGUAUCUGUUGUGACGAAUGAUGGAGAGAUGAGAAACUUUGACCACAUGCUGGCAUGUUCAGAACUCUGACUGACGUUCCCUUUCGGUCACUAAAUGAAGGGUAGUGUCCACGGAACUAUCUCCCAGCAGCUUUAGAGGGAGGAGCUGUGUGAGAGCUGAAGUGUUUUGAACUUUAAGAGAAAAAUCCAUAACCUUGUGUGGCCGCUGCAGCAGUGCAGAGCCUGCUUUCGAUAAAUAAAUUUAUUGCAUCUGUCUCAAUAUAGUUCAAUAAUUGAUGUGCAUUGUGAAUCCAGAUGAAAUCAUUAACAAUUUCUAAGAAUAAAAGAAUGAA